AUUCGCAUUACCGCUCCAAUUUCGAUGCGCAUCCAGGCAACGAAAUAAACGCAUAGCAUAACGAUGGGAAAUGGCGCAUUUACGCUGCCAAAGGCCGCAUGGCAGCUGCUGUUUGAUGCGGAGGAAUCGGGGUCGGCCGGCCCUUGGCUGUCGGCGAGCGAUGAUCACAUCGCGGUGACGGGCUGCAGCGAUCCACGCUCGAAACGACAGCAGCCAACGAUCUUCGCGGGCAGUCAGCUAGUCAAACGGGCGGUUCCAAUCCAAUCCAUCGAUGAGCCUGAUCCUGUCAGUCCGAGCGCACAGGAUUUAUUUAGCCGGUCCCUGCGAUGUCAACAGCCAUACUCCUUGGCAUAGCGCGGUGCCUGUGUUGGGCGCUUGGGGCCAGCCGCACUACAGCGGGACCCAUCAGACGUGCACGUAGACUAGCUCCAAGGCGUAUAGCGUGCAUCGAGGAAGGUGAGUGGAAGGAAAGUCACGUGGAUUAGUGUUGCCAUCAACCGCGGCGACGUGGCCGUCUGCGCUGGAUUUUGAUGC